CAACCAUUAACAACCGCAGCGAAACGAACCUUCAAUAACUCCCAACAAUGCCGCCACCAACACCACCACCAAGCACCCCAAAGUACAAUACCAAUCAUCAAGAUCCAAAUCACAGCCAAAAAAACGCGACGGUGGCCGUCGCCGAAACGUUGUCACGGCCUCCGUCGAUAAGAGAGGCGGCACAAUUGAUAUGCGGUGGAGAUCAUAGAGAGGUGAAGAUAAACGAUAUUGUAGGGAAUGGAAUAUCGGGGAUUUUGUAUAAGUGGGUGAAUUAUGGCAAGGGUUGGAGGCCCAGGUGGUUUGUGUUGCAAUAUGGUGUACUUUCGUACUAUAAGAUACAUGGCCCCGAUAAGAUUGUGGUCAGCCUAGAGACCGAGAAAGGGAGCAGAGUAAUUGGUGAGGAGUCGUUGAAAAGGAUUUCCAGAUGUAAGAAUGCGAGCUCCCAGGUCCGCCGUAAGCCUUUUGGUGAAGUUCAUCUUAAGGUUUCAUCAAUCCGUGAGAGUAGUUCCGAUGAUAAACGAUUUUCAAUUUUUACGGGAACUAGGAGGCUGCAUUUAAGGGCUGACACCCGGGAAGAUAGAAUGGCAUGGAUGGAUGCAUUGCAGGCUGCCAAGGACAUGUUCCCUAGAAUGUCUAACAGUGAAUUAAUGGCUCCCUUGGACAAUGUUGCUAUGUCAACAGAAAAUCUGCGGCAGCGAUUGUUGGAAGAGGGUGUGAGUGAGGCAGCCAUCCAGGGCAGCGAGCAGAUCAUGAGAAAUGAGUUUGCAGCACUGCAGAAUCAACUGAUGCUGCUUAAGCAAAAACAUUGGCUCCUUAUUGACACGCUGCGUCAUUUAGAGGUACAUGUUACGAUAAGCAGAAAUCAUUAUGCUAAUGGAAUUGAAAAUUCUUCUUCAGUGUCUUCUCCAAUCUCCCCAAAUUAACUGCUGUGCAGCUGGGGUUCGUUGGAUGGUUGUAAAAUUUCUGUUUUUUUCUUAUUUAAGUCUCACAUUCUUCUGUAUAGCUUGUUGGAUUGGGAUGGGGUUUUCGGAUCAUUUCUGUAUUCCUAACUUGUUUUCGAGAGUUAUUGGAUGAACCAAACUGCUGUGCAGCUGGGUUCGUUGGAUGGUUG